UCUCACUUCUCUCUGCUCCUCUUCUGGUAAGGCGCAACUAUUAAAAGAAAAAAAAUAUUAUCUAAUAAGCAUAUACACAAUAAAGCAUUAACGUGAAUGUUUUACUAUGGAAUAAAAUAGCUGUUAAUUAUCAGGUGGCGAACUGCAGUUGAGGAGAAACUUAAGCGCGCUUCCGUUGCACCACUCUGCGCGCGCUGGAGUUGAAGAUGCAUCCGCGCGCUGCUAAUGGCACCGGUUCUUCUCACGACUGCGGAAUGUCAUACAUGAAAUGGACAAAUUUAUAUAAAACAGGGCCAUAGGAAGGCAAUCCGGUCAGCGCUCUCUCCACCUUCGAGGUGUGGUCUCUUUCCAAAAGCGUUCAAAACUAGGCGGCGCGCGAUGUUGAGCGCGAGAAGGUAUUCAGCAGAGAAGCGCGUGAGACUGGCCUGGUCUACCAGGCACGAGCGGUUCAGCGCACCGCGCUCUCCAAGCAAGAGCAACAUCCACCUGCCGUCUGUGUGUCAAGUGAAGUCAGUGUAAGAUCAGUGCUGAGAAUGGGUGCUGUAAAGGGUGAAGGUGCUUUAGAUGGUGGAUGGGGAUGGAUGAUUGUGGUGGCCUCUUUCAUGGCCCAGUUCCUGUCCUUUGGAUCCCCCCAGUCUGUUGGGGUGUUGUACCCCAAGUGGCUCAGUGCCUUCCAGGAGGGAAAAGGCAUGACGGCUUGGGUCGGAUCCAUGGUGUCUGGUGUGGCGCUCAUCACCAGUCCGGUGUGCAGUGCUUGUGUGGAUAAUUUUGGUGCACGGCCAGUUACCGUCUUCAGUGGUGUGAUGGUGGCUGGAGGUCUGAUGCUGAGUGCUUUUGCUCCAAGCGUCUCUUUCCUCAUCUUCUCCUAUGGCAUUGUUGUUGGCAUUGGCUGUGGACUUGUUUAUGCUGCCACACUGACCAUCACCUGCCAGUAUUUUGACAAGAGGCGUGGCCUAGCACUGGGCAUUGUCACCACAGGUACAAGUGUGGGCGGGUUCACUUAUGCCACACUCCAGAAUGAGCUAAUUGAGAUGUUUGGAUUGGAGGGCUGCCUGCUUAUCAUUGGAGCGCUGGCGCUCAACUUGAUGGCAUGUGCUGGGCCAAUGCGACCUUUGAACUUACCUGGUUACUACCUAAAACAGAGAGCUGUUCUACAGCGUACAGAGGAACCAGAAACACUCUACACCAAACCUACUGCCAUUAUCAUUGACUCUGAUCUCAAAACCACACCUAGCUCGGCCGAUAACACAGCCACCAUUAAGCUUUUGAUCCUCAAGGAAUCCACCGAGCUGCAAGACAGUGAAGGGGAAAGACAAGGUGGGAUAUUGUCCUGUUCAAUAGUAGCACGAGCCAUCAAGAAGCGAAUGCGUCCCUAUGGACGGUACCUGGUCGAGGCUGUAGAGCUCCUACAGGACCGUAUCUUCAUAGCUUUCUGCAUCGCCAUAUUCCUGUUCAGCUUAGGGGCGUUCCCACCUGUGCUCUUCAUGGAGGACGUAGCCCAGAGCGAGGGGCUUAUCGACGGGAUUGCACUAAUACCCCUUGUCUCCAUCGUUGCAAUGACAGCAGGCAUCGGUAAGCUGGUCCUGGGCGUCCUGGCAGACAUGCAAUGGGUGAACAGCUUGUACCUGUACGCCCUGACGCUGACAGGCACAGGAGCGGCUCUGCUUCUUAUUCCUGUGGCUAAAAGCUACAUGGGUCUGCAAGUUCUGUCGGCUGUGGUUGGAUUUUUCUCAGGGAACUGGUCUCUCACAUCCUAUAUCACUACUAAGAUUGUGGGCCUUGAACGACUCAGUCAGGCUCACGGCAUUCUCAUGUGCUUCGGAGGGUUUGGAAUCACCCUCGGGCCACCUGUUGUAGGUUGGUUCUUUGACUGGACUCAGUCAUAUGACUUGGCAUUCUACUUCAGUGGCACUUGUGUUUUACUGUCUGGUUUGCUUCUGUUCUUGGCCACUCUGCCUUGCUGGAACAGGAUGUCAGAGGAGGGAAAUUCUGCUGCAAAAGAGGACAUCAACACUUCUCAACAGCCCACUCUUGAUUGUGACAAAGUAGCCUCUGUGGCUUGAACAAUAUCUUAAAGUUCUUUAACUGACCUUGGCCUUAACAAUCUGGUGAACAUGUAGAAGACUGUCUUCCUUUUCUUACGGUUUUCUUACCUGGUACGUUUUGCCAGGGGACUUCUCAUGGUGCCAGACCUUUUCUUUUGUUUAAUGCGAAAAGGUUUUAUACAUGGCCCACGAACCUUGAUAUUUUUGAGAGGGCAUAUUCAUUUUUCUUAGAUGCUUAUAUAAAGACUGCCUCAUUUUUGAGGCUUAUAUAUAGCAGAAGUUGUUUGUUAAUAUUAUAUUCAGUAGAUUGUUUACUGGACACAGAAGCUGUUUUUUUUUCUUUUGUAGAUCUUGAUCACUUGAAUUAUGUAAACUUUACUUUCUUAGAGGGUCUCACUGUGUUGCACGUGGAUAUCACCAACCUGUGAACAUAUAUUUCCAUUAAUGAGAACAUUUCUGACCAAAAGCUUCAGAGAAUUAUAUAAUUUUUGAAUAGUUUUUUUUUUUUUUUUACUGCACUUACAAUGAAAAGCAUUUUUAAAAAAUCUGGGGUAACAAUGACUUUGCAUUGCAAUAGUUUCCUGUGCAUUAUCUGCUUUUAUUGUCUGUAAUACCAAAAUGACAACAAAUUUCAUUUAAGUGGUAGAGAGAGGCCUUGUUUUUAAAUUGACUAGCUUUAGUCACAUUUCAUUUUAGGGGAAGUCGUGGCCUAGUGGUUAGAGAGUUGGACUCCUAAUCCUAAGGUUGUGGGUUUGAGUCUUGGCCCGGAAAUACCACGAUUGAGGUGCCCUUGAGUAAGGCACUGAACCCCCAAUUUCUUCCCUGGGCGCCGCAGCAUAAAUGGCUGCCCACUGCUCCGGGUGUGUGUUCACGGUGUGUGUGUGUUCACUGCUGUGUGUGUGCACUUUGGAUGGGUUAAAUGCAGAGCACGAAUUCUGAGUAUAGGUCACCAUACUUGGCUGUAGUAACGUCACUUUCACUUUUUUUUUAAAGACAUACAUUUUUAAAGACAUACAUAAAGGCAUGUUCUGCAUCUCUAAUUGUUAGUCAUUUAGAAAUAUAAGAAUAUGCUGAUGAAAAAAAGCACCCCCCCCCAAAAAAACAAACAAAAAAAACAAACCUACGGAGAGACAAGAAUUUGAUUCUGUGACCUGCAAUGUGUUUGUAUGUGUGCGCCUGAUAAUAGAGUCAUCCUCCCCAGUUUUUCAGCAGGCUGGUCCCUGACAACACUCUUUUAUUACUGUAUAUUUUGAAAUGCCAGUGUCAUUAUUUCAUGUCAGUAUAUGUUGUAGAAUUGUAAUGUAUUAUGUAUAAAUGAAUGUUACGAAAAGGCCACUUUUGACCAAAGACUUGCUUUAUGUCUUGAGUAAACAUUUUGACAGGGUGCAAAAUAAUUCUAUAUAAAAUGUAACACUGUCCCACUAUAUGAUGUAUCUGUCUUGUUCUUUUAUUGCAGUGAGUUUGUUUUAUACAAUACUAUGUUAAUUUUUAGUGACAAUAAAAAGAUUUAUGACA